AUGGCAGGCGUGCGAUUCCUCCUGGGUAUUCCAUUCCGCUCGGCACUUUACAUCGUCACGACACCCCUUGCCGGCGCGUUUGGCGGGCUUCUUGCCUCGGCGAUCCUGAAGCUGGACAGCUUUGGCAACUUGCACAGGUGGCGCAUGAUAUUUGCUAUUGAGGGCAUCAUCACCAUUGGUCUGGGCCGCGUUGCGCUUUUCACCGUCACGGACCGACCGGAGACGGCACGCUGGCUUACACCGGACGAGACAGAGAUGGCUACGGCUCGUGUCAAGUCGGAACGAGUUGGCCAGACGGUCGUGUUGGAUAGAAUUGAAACGAAGAAGCUCGUUCGCGGAAUCUUCAGCCCCGUUACCCUCAGCACAUGA